AUGCCCCUGAUGAACAUCAGUCCAAACACCCGAGUGUGUGAGUCAUCCUUGCUCUCGCUGGCCCACCAGGAGGCUGGGUGCCCGCGCCAGAAGCUAAAAAUACCCGCUGCGUAACUACGCUUUGGCGCGCAUGUUCAGGGGCUUAUUCGGUGCUCGUCGCGCUGUCGGGAUGCUUAUUCGGAGGUGAUACUGGAUCAAUCGGAUCCAUCACAGUGAGUGGACACUGUAACGUCAAUUUUAGCGAGUCUUGUAAUCGAACUGACCGCGCGAGCUACCCUCCUCACCCCCACUUGGGAACGUCACAUGCUUUUUCGCCGGCCCGAGUAGGAGAUGCCUCAAUUCAUCGCCCACUUUGGCCAACUCUCGGAAUUGUGGGUGCAUAUUCUUGUCUUCAAGAAGGCGAAAGUCAGUGGAUCUACGUCACAAGCAGAGUACUGAAGGGGCCCUCCCUACUCCUUCCAGUCUCCGAGGUUUCAUCGUCGCCGUGAUCCUCAUUCCCUCCGCCAUCACAGGCAUGUUUGCCGGAUCCGUAGCCGAUCGCAUAGGACGCAAGAGGACCAUCUCACUCGGUUCGCUCAUCUUCGCUGCGGGAAUGGGUAUGUGUGUGAUCGCACCCAACUUGACGGUGCUCAUCGUUGGGAGGUGUGUCGCGGGCAGUGGAGAGGGGCUCUUCUUGAGCGCGGGCAACGUUUACUUGUAAGAUCGGCGUCGGAUUUGCAGUCAAAGGUACCAGUCCCAACUUUACUCAUUCAGAUCAUGAUUCUUGUUCUAGGUGCGAAAUUUCGCCCAAGCAUAUCAGGUAAGCAUCUCCGUACAUAUGCGAGUGCUGAUGGUCCGACUAUGGCCAAGCUGAUCGCGUGCGCCUUCCGAGCAGAGGUCGAAUCAUGACGAUGUAUCAGAUGCACGUCAAUGGUGAGCUCCUAUCUCCUCAAGUUUAGCGCGCCUUCCCACAUCUGGCUGACAUCGGUCCAAUUGAAUCAAAUCAGGUGCACUUGCGAUUGGGUUCUUCGUCUGCUAUGGCUCGAUCCAGAUUCAAAGGCGAGGCUUGCCCUGCAUUCCGCUCUGA